AUGUAUGAACCAGAAAAACAAAAUGACUCUAAUAAUGACAGCAGUUCAUCAGACUUCAGUGACGAGAGUUACGAUUCCGGUGAUUCAACCAGUAGGCCUUAUCCCGACAGCGGUACCGAAUGGUGUUCGUGUAGCUUCUGUUUCUCUAUGCCUACAGUUGAGGAACGAAAAUGUUUUCAUGACAUUGACAUUUUACAAGAUAAAUUAGAAAGCAUUGAGUGUAUAACACAGCACGAAGGAUUUACAGCAAACUGCUUGAAUAUGCAUGUGUUAGAGACAUCUUUAUACGAGUUUGCAGAAGAAUACGGAAACGUUCCACAGGAAAAUAUACACAGAACAUAUCGUCUUGUUGCAUACAGAAGAUUUAUAAGAUGGACAUGGAAAGUUCUAGGCAAGAAGAAUCGAAAAAUCUCCAUGCUGGCAUCUCUCAAACUUGUCCCCAUGACCAUCGUGGAUGUUGGCUAUGUGAUUGGUGAUGCUGGUCCAUUUUUGACGCACAAGUUCCUCCUCUCCAUCACUACUGGCUGCACACCAGUACACAUGGUGGCUGAUUGA